GCGAGCUCGGCUAGCUUCUCAGGUAGGCCACGAACUCCAUAGAUUUUUUUUUUGUUUCUCUUUGCUUCGAUCGCUUCGUUCUCCAUGGCGAGCGGCGGCGGCGGCGGCGGCGAGGCGGUGGAGGAGGGUACGACGACGCGGGUGGGCGACCUGCCGGAGGCGUGCCUGGCGGACGUGAUCGCGCUCACCUCGCCGCGGGACGCCUGCAGGCUGGCCGCCGUGUCGCCGUCGUUCCGCGCCGCGGCGGAGUCGGACGCCGUCUGGGACCGCUUCCUCCCGCCGGACUACCGCGCCAUCGCGCCCCUGCCGCCGCCGCCGGCUACGGCGGCGGCGAGCGGCGGCAAGAGGAUGAAGAAGGGCGUCUACCUCGGGCUCUGCGACAAGCCCGUCCCCGUCGACGACGGCAGCAUGAUGGUGUGGCUGGAGAAGGAGAGCGGGGCCAAGUGCUUCGCGCUGCCGGCGAGGAAGCUGAGCUUGCCAUGGGAGGACGGCGAGUUCAGCUGGAGAUGGACACCUCACCCUCUCUCCAGGUUUGAGGAGGUGGCGCAGCUGGUGGACUGCACGUGCCUGGACAUCUACGGGCGGCUGCCGGCGGCGGCGCUGACACCGGCGACGCCGUACGCGGCGUACCUGGUGUUCGGCACCGCGGCGGCGGCGGAGGGGCACCGCGGGCUGAGCUUCCCGGACCAGGAGACGACGGUGUCCGCGGCGGGGCGCGUCGUGGCGCGCCACGCCGUGUGCCUCCGCCCCGACGACGCCGAGGCGCGCAAGUUCAGGGGCGUCGGCCUCGCCGGCGCCGGCGUCCCGGUCAGGCGCCCCGCGCGGCGCGGCGACGGGUGGUCGGAGAUGGAGCUCGGCCGGGUGGCCGCCGACGAGGUCGCCGGCGCCGGCGGCGAGGACGUGGUGGCGAGCUUCGAGGUGCUCGGGUGGUAUCCCAAGCGCGGCCUCGUCGUCGAGUGCAUGGAGUUUAGGCCCGUAGUCUGAAGUUGGUAAAAUGAACGGUCGUGAUCGCGCGGAUUCGCGGGUUGUAUGACGUAUCGGACGGUCCAGAUGUUGGGCACGUGGAGCCAUCAGUUCAUCUCGUUGAUGAGCUGCUAAAGUAUGGAUUGCACUUGUUCUGAUAUAUAUAAACGAAAUACAACCAUUAUUAGUUUAUUACCUCCACGAGCCAGAUUAUCAGGGAUAAUUUAAUUCUCUGAAUUAUUGUUUUUAGAUAAUAACCUAGCAAAUUACCACCAUGGGAUAUUGGGAUGUAUACUCAUGUACAAAAUGAAACCUGUAGCGUUUUGGUUUUCUCAGAACUAUCAGGGAUAAUUUAAUUCUCAACAUUAUUAUUUUUA